CAGAGAGAAAAUUAAAUCAGUAGUAAAUUGAGUCUAAUUGUGUUAACAUAAUUCAAAGAUGAUUUAUUUUUAAUUUCCAAUUGUAAUUGUUUACUAAAUUACUUUGUUCUCAUCACAAGCAAACCAACAAUCAACCGAAAACUUUGCUCUUUGAUUGGAGAGAAAAAGAAAAUCAGUUUAAUUGUUAAUCAUGUGGAAAUUAUUUGAUGUUGAUUGGAUUCGCAAUGAAUAUUAUGGAAAAAUCGAACUACUAAUUGUGGCAAUAUUGUUCUCACCAAUCUUUUUAACUGGACUUUUGGGCAAUUUAUGGUUAAUUGUGACAAUCUUACGCAAAGAGAUACCGGUAACAUCGUCAACAAUUUACACCUUGAGUCUUGCACUUUGUGAUCUUUGUACAAUCUUAGGACUUAUACCAAUGUUAUUAUCAACUUAUGUAACUGAAUCUUCAGAAUCUUCAUCAUCAACUCCAUCGCAAUCAUCAUCUUUAUCCUUAAUUUCACCUUCAAUGGCCUCAUCAAUGUGUAUAUUAUCAGAUACCCUUCGAGAUAUAACAGUUUCCGUUUCAUCUUUGACCUUAAUCGCCGUUUCCUUAGAUCGUUAUCUUGCCGUUCUAUCAGCAGUGGCCUGGAUGCAGAAGCAAGUUGAUCGUAAACAUCGUAACCUUGCACUGGGAACAAUUUAUCUAAUUUGGUUAAUAUCAAUCCUUUUGGCCUUACCAACCUCACUUUCCUCUCAUUUAACACCAACUCAAUUGACCUCAGGUACAACUCUACUCAUAUGCACACCAGGAUUCACCUUUCUACCUCAACCAGGGUCACAAAUAUUGAUCACAAUGAAGACAAUCAUCUUCUACCUGUUCCCAUUGAUAAUAACCUCUUAUUGUUACUCAAAUGUUGCUCGUAAAUUGGUUUUCAAUGUGAAAAACAAGUUAACUUAUCGAAAAAGUUCAAAAGAUCGAGCACUUCGAAAGGCCAGUUUUACCGUUCGAUUGGCUUUCCUAUUGGUCGGACUUUUUGCUCUCUCUUUUCUUCCUCAUCAUUUAGUUAAUUUGUAUUAUUACUUUAAACCAAUUAAAUCAACUGAAGCCCUUUUCUGGCAAACAGCAAGAAUUACAUCAUUCAUGUGCAUCUUUAUUAAUUCAGUUGUUAAUCCGAUCAUAAUCUGUAGUACAUCUUGUCACCUCAAGAAAUUAAUCAAAUCAAAGAUCUCAUUUCUCAAAGAUAUCUAAUCAAUAACAAUAACAAUUUAUUUUUAAUUGUAAAUAUUUGACGAUCAACCAAAAACAAAAUCCCAACAAGUAAAACCAAUCAAAACAAUUAAGAUUCAAAUUAUGAAUUAUGAAAAUGAUUUAAUCAAUUUUAUUAAUAAUAAUAUGAAACAAUUUAAUGUAAUCAAAUGAAACAUUUAAAUUUUGUACUUUUAUAUUCAUUACGAUUUAAUCAAAUUUAAUUAAAUUGAUUCCAAUUUGAAAA